GAGAGAUUUUCCCCACUGUUUUUUUUUAUUAUAAAUUUGUGCUACGGUGGUCCCACAGGUUGCUUGGAGAAUUCACCCAUUUGCGGGCAAAAUUGAACCAAUUCUAUGUUAAAUUAUCUAAUCAGUAAGGAGAAAAAAGGGAUAACACAUAUGGUAGAUGGAUAUAGCCUACCUAUGCUCACUCCAUUUGCGCAUCAGGAAGCAGAGUGGCAUAGAUUUUUGAUUGCUAUUGGGAAGUAGUGGUAUUAGUUUGAAUUUGAAAACAUGCUUUUUCUGAAUACAGUAAUACCUUGAACUUACACAAUAGUGGGACUGAGUGAUAACCGUGUAAGUCGAAUUUGCAUAAGUAAACCUAAUAUAAAUUAUGUUUAAUUGGGACCGGAAACUAAAGAAAACAAUAAUUUAGAAGAAAAAAGUGUAAUAAAAUCUUAAAAAUUACAACAAAUUAUUAUGAAUUGCAAAAACGUAAACAGACGUUAUUUUGACAUAGAAUACGUUUAAUCUACCAAAGUUGUCUGAUGUAUCAAGGAUUUUUUUUUUCCUCACACAAAAUUUCUUUGUAGCAUACUAACAGUAAGUAGUGUGGAUGGAGUGGAGAAUCGAGAGUCACAAGAUUUUUAAACAAAAGACAAACAAAUUCACAAGAUUUAAAAUUUGCCUAACUCUGGAUUUGCUAAAGACAGGGCAGCAUAAGUCGAGGUGUUACUGUACAGUAAAACACUCUUAAGAAAAUCCUACUUAAAGAUUUCCUGCUUAAUAAGUUUAAAAAAUUAAGCAUUUGAGCUUUUAGGUCAAUAAUGUUAUUUAAAAAACUUAAUUUUACAAUUGUCAGAUAAAGAUAAAUUGGUUUAGUCAUUUUACCCUCAGUACAUGUACUAACACCCACUUCUUCCCUGCAUUUCUCUUGAAUAUAAUCCUAGAAAAGCUAUUAUGUUGUUCUCAGAGUCACAAUAAUUGUGUGAUAUUUACAAUGUAUUAGAGUUCUCGACUGAUUUCAAUCACAACGGCACAAUUGUAAUGAGUUUAGAUUUUUAAGUACCUUGAGAAACUUAUUAACUGGGAUUUACUGUGUUAUUAAUAACCUUUAUGUCACAAUAUAAUUGUUUUCGGUUAAUUUAUUUUAUAGGGAUUCAGUUUCUUCAUACUAAAAGCAAAACUUGAUAGCUUAGUACAUUCAAUUAGACUUUUUUUUGCUGAAAUUAGGCACUGUACAUGAUGGACUUGUGCAUGUUUUAAGGUUUCAGGUCCAGAGCUGCCUUCAAACUGAUACAGCUGAAUCGCAAGUUUGAGUUUCUUCAGAAAUCACAAGUAUGCGUCGAUUUGUGUGCUGCACCGGGAGGCUGGAUGCAGGUUGCCAAACAAAGCAUGCCAGUUUCCAGUAUCGUCAUAGGGGUGGACCUGUACCCCAUCAAGCCGGUGCCGGGAUGCAUCAGCAUCCAGGAGGACAUCACCACGGACAAGUGCCGCGUGCGGCUGCAGAGGGAGCUGCAGACGUGGAAGGCAGACGUCGUCCUCAACGACGGGGCCCCCAACGUGGGCAAGAACUGGCUGCACGACGCCUACCAGCAGUCCACCCUCGCGCUCGCCGCCCUCAAGCUGGCGACCAGCUUCCUCAGGCCCGGCGGCUGGUUCGUCACCAAGGUGUUCCGCUCCAAGGACUACCACGCCCUGACGUGGGUUUUCAAACAGCUGUUCAAGAAGGUGCAUGCUACAAAGCCACAAGCAUCUCGUUCAGAAUCGGCCGAGAUAUUCGUUGUCUGCCAGUACUACCGAGCUCCUGACAAACUGGAUUCCAGGUUCCUGGAUCCCAAGUAUGUUUUCGAGGAACUGAACGUGGAGUCAAAAAACAAGCUCAGCGUGUUUCACCCUGAGAAACAGAAAAAGGCCAAGGCGGAAGGUUACCCGGAUAACAUAACGUCGCUGCAUCACUCGUUGCCGGCAUCUGAGUUCCUGGCGAAGGAAAAUGUUGUGGAAGCUUUGCAGGGUGCUUGGGAGAUUGUCUUCGAUGACAAGGAUAUAAUAAAUCAUCCUCUCACGACUCCUGAACUCAAAGAGUGUUGCAAGGACAUCAAAGUGCUGGGGAGAAAAGACUUGCGACUGCUGAUGAACUGGUGGAAAGCAAUGCGGCAGGAAAAAGAAAAAGUGAAGGAUGAGAAGCAGGUCUUGUCUGAUUCAAACGUAGACAAUGAAGAAAAGGAAGAGAAAGUUGAUGAAGAUGAUAAAGAAUUGGAUGAUGUAUCAAAACAAAUAGAACAGUUGCAAGAGGAAGAAAGAAGGGAUUUGAAACGUAAAAGAAAGCUAGUGAAUAAGGAGCGAAAGAAGUUACAGGAUCGUCUGAAUCUGAAGAUGGUGCUUCGUGGUGAUGAAGGGCCUCAACUUGAAGGAGAUGAAAUGUUUAGCUUGAGUCAGGUUCCAACCAUAAAGGAUUUGGACAAGGUGGUGGAGCAGACCCCGGAUGAAGUAGCUGUGUCCGACCCAGAGUCCGACGACGAGGCUGCUCCAAAGAAAAAGUUUGUUCACUUCGAGAUAGAUGGCGACGAUCACUUAGAUAGUUCUGGCAAGUACUACAGAUCAGAUGAAAGUGAUUUAGAGAGUUUGGAAUAUGAAGACUCUGACAGUGGUGCAGAAGGGCUUGGUUUGAGUGAUGAGGAUGACAGUGAAGUGGAAUCCAAGUCUAAAAAGAAGCAUCGUGGAGAAACAAACACCACAGCAAAUGAAGAUCAUCCUUUGAUAACAGAUUUAGAUCAGCGUAGCAAGAAAGAAAAGAAAUCCCACAAAGCUGAGCUGUGGUUUGAAAAGGAUGUUUUCAAAAAUUUGGAGGAUGAAAAAGAUGAAGAUUUUGAACUGGACAAAAUGGUUGAAGAUUGUAAAAGAAAAGGUGUUGAACUUCUGGAAGAGACAACAAGAAAACAUGAAGAAAAAGGCAGAGGAAAAGAAAACAUUUCCAACAAAAGGAAAGCCAAAUCCAGUGACUAUGAAAGUGAUUCUGAUACAGACGAGGAUAGUGAUUAUGAUGUAGAGGAACAUUUGGGCCAGCAUUCCACAGAAGAGAAUAAUAAAAAGAAAAAAGAAAAAGUUGGUGGCAAAGAAGGAUUUGAGGUUGUCCCAAAAAAUGAAGGGAAGAAAGUUCGUAAACGCAAGUUGGAUGAAGAAGGCAUGGCCUUGGGAGCACUCAUAGUCAGUUCUAAGAAAGUGAAGCGCGACCUCAUCGACGGAGCUUGGAAUCGAUACACAUUCAAUGAUGAUCAUCUGCCUGAUUGGUUCGUGGAGGAUGAGAAACAGCACAUGAAGAAAGAAGCACCUGUCCCCAAAGAAUUGGUAGAUGAUUACAAGCAGAAGUUGGAAGAGUUGAAUGUGCGGCCAAUCAAGAAGGUGAUAGAGGCCAAAGCUCGUAAGAAGAAGAGGGCUGUGAAGAGAUUAGAGAGAGCUAAGAAGAAAGUUGAAGCCCUCAUGGAUAAUGUUGAUGUUUCAGAUAAAGAGAAGGCUAGGCAAAUCAAGCAGUUGUACAAGAAGGCAAAGAGCACACCGAAGAAGGAAGUGACGUACGUAGUCUCCAAGAAGCACACGACCGGCAAACGAAUCCGCAGACCAGCCGGGGUAAAGGGUCACUUCAAAGCUGUGGAUCCGAGGAUGAAGAAAGACAACCGACUUGCAAAGAUAGAUUUGAAGAAAGGAAAGAAAGGGAAGAAAGUGCAGAAAGGUCAUAAAAAUAAAACAGGGGGGAAAAGGACCAAAAAGUAGUGUGUGGUGCUCGGAAAAUGUUUGUAAAUAUUUUGCAAUUUUUGUGAAAUAAACGUGAUUUGUUACAAAA